AUGUUUGCUACAAAGUUAAUUAUAUUGUCACUAUUGGUGUCAAUGUCAUUGGCACACUUGUGUAUCUUUGAACCAGAGCAGAGAGAACCAACUUUUGCAGUGCCAAUUCAACCUGGUGAUGGUGCAUGCUAUAGACCAUAUUCAAACUGUGGAAAUGUUACUGCUGGUGCACCAGUUGCAUUCUACACUGCAGGAUCAACUGCCUAUGUCCACUUCCAACAGAACUACAAUCAUUGGUAUCAGCCCAAUCAAGGAUUCAUGGAUGUUGCCAUCUCAUACAAUGGUGAUCAAGGUCCCUUCCAAGUAGUCUCAAAGACCAUCCCAGAUUACAAUGCUUGGGACAUGGUAUCUCAAACAAAUUACACUGUAUCUAUCCAAGUACCAAACCAAACAUGCAAGGGAUGUGUGUUGAGAGUUAGAUACAUUAGUAACAAUGCUGGUGAACCUCUACCAGACUUCUAUCAAUGUGCUGAUAUCGCCAUCCAA